CAACAUUCCCCCUUCUUUCCUUUUCGUAGAUCCCACCGUACUACACAAUGUCAGCUGCUGCCACUUCCCCAGCCGUUGGAUCUUUCUACCUCCGGCGCCGAUCACCUACGGUGGCCAUGCCUCGCUUCAGGAUGGCCGUCCGAUCCGCUGCAGUUUCCCUCUCUCCGCUGUUGACCAAGCUACACAACGACAGUGCCACUCCCCUGCCCCUCCUGCGCCACGUGGCAGACUCGAUGGCCUCCAACAUGCGUGCCGGGCUCGCCGUGGACGGCGGCAGCGACCUCAAGAUGAUACUCAGCUACGUUGAUUCCCUCCCAAGCGGGAAUGAGGAGGGGUUGUUUUAUGCACUGGAUCUUGGAGGGACAAACUUCAGGGUGCUGAGAGUACAAUUAGGCGGCAAAGAUGAGCGCGUGAUUGCAACCGAAUUCGACCAAGUUUCCAUCCCCCCGGAGCUCAUGUGUGGCACCUCAGAGGAACUGUUUGAUUUUAUUGCAUCUGGUUUGGCAAAGUUUGCACAAAAGGAGGGUAGCAAAUUCCACCUUCCAACUGGUACGAAAAGAGAAAUUGGAUUCACAUUUUCGUUCCCUGUGAAGCAGACCUCCAUUGAUUCCGGCAUACUAAUUAAGUGGACAAAAGGCUUUUCCGUCUCUGGAACGGCAGGAAGAGAUGUGGUUGCUUGUUUGAAUGAGGCUAUGGAAAGGAAAGGACUCGAUAUGCGUGUGUCUGCUCUGGUUAACGAUGCUGUAGGAACUUUAGCUGGAGCAAGAUAUUGGGACGAUGACGUCAUGGUUGCUGUCAUUUUGGGUACUGGUACCAACGCUUGCUAUGUUGAACGUGUAGAUGCUAUUCCCAAACUACAGGGCCAGGUUUCUUCUUCCGGCAGAACGAUUAUCAACACUGAGUGGGGAGCAUUCUCAAAUGGUCUUCCUUUGACGGAAUUCGAUAGAGAUAUGGAUGCUGCUAGCAUCAAUCCCGGUGAGCAGAUCUUUGAGAAAACAAUCUCUGGAAUGUACCUCGGGGAAAUUGUAAGAAGAGUACUAGUAAAGAUGGGUGAAGCAGAUGCUUUGUUUGGUGAAUCUGUCCUAGAAAAACUAUCAACACCUUUUCUACUCAGGACUCCGGAUCUUUGUGCUAUGCAGCAAGAUGCAUCUGAUGACCUUCAAGCCGUUGGAUCAAUCCUAUACAAUGUAGCAGGGGUUGAGUCCAGUUUAAGUGCAAGAAAGAUUGUGGUGGAUGUAUGUGACACCAUAGUGAAGCGAGGCGGGCGCUUAGUGGGUGCAGGAAUAGUAGGGAUACUGCAAAAGAUGGAGGAGGAUUCAAAAGGUCUCAUAUUUGGCAAGAGGACUGUUGUGGCCAUGGAUGGAGGGUUGUACGAAAACUAUCCACAAUACCGUAGGUAUUUACAAGAGGCGGUGACAGAGCUUCUAGGGACAGAGAUUUCGAAGAAUGUGGUGAUUGAACAUUCGAAAGACGGGUCUGGUAUAGGGGCUGCUCUCUUGGCUGCUGCAAAUUCCAGUUACAUAUGAUAUGACAUAUGAGCUGAGACUUGUAAUAGUAGAAUGUAAUUAGCCUCUGAUGAGAAGGGGUUGUAAGUAAUUUGAGUAAUUUGGUUGGACUUGGUAUUGUUUUGGAGAAUAAGAUAAGGAGUGAAUGAGAGAUUGAGAAUAUAGGAUUCACCUCAAAGUUGUAACGUGAGCAGUAGCUUGUACAAUUUCUUGGAUCAUAAUGCACCAUGAUUUGUGAGGUUCAA